GUUUAGUCUGUUUCCCUCUGACUGGGAGCAGCGGAGCAGUUCUAACUCCUGUAACAUCUCCUGUUUGUUGGAUACAGCUGGCUUCUUCCUCUGAGCUCUCCGCCUCCCCAGGUGUGAGUGUUGUAAAGUUGUGUGCAUGUGCAUUUGUCUGCUGAGUGUGCACUGGGGAAAUGUACUGUUCCUAUCAGGGCCGAGAGGAGUUGGAGGAUGACCUUUAUCAAGAGGAUGAUGCCGACUCUGAGGAGUCAGAGGUCAACAGCGAGCUGGAGUUCCAUCUCUACAGCCAGCUCCACUACUCCUCUAAUGCCGGGAACAUGGAGGAGCAGGAGGAGAGAGGGGAGGAAGCUGAGGGCCAGGACAGAAUGAAGGCUGCAGAUAGAGAACAGGAACCCAAUGGAGGAAGCAGGCCACAGUCACCUGAUGUGAGCAAAAUACAGCAACAUCUCAAGCAGAAGAAGAAGAAGAAAGAGAGCCAACAGAAACAGAUGAAGCAGAACAGUAAUCCUAAAAGCUCAUCGUCAUUUUUUGAGGAGGUCAUAGUGAUCGACUCCAGCCCUGAUGUCAUCUCCAUCUCUGAGGGAGACACUGCUGAUGAGGGCGUCUGUGCCUUAAAGAGUCAAGGUGUGCGACGACUGCAGACUUCCACUCCAGCGGGACAGGGAUCCCAGAAAAGUAGACCGAGUCUUAAUACGCCAGUGACUGUGGACAUCAGCAGCUCAGAAUCUGAUUCAGAAGAGUCUGAAUCAACGUCUGAAUCUGAUUCAUCUGAUGCUUCAGAUUCCUCUGACUCUGAUGGUCUGGAGAACUGGAUGAUCCUGGGUCGAGGGAAGCAGGAUGGAGACCACUCCAUCUCACUCAACCUGGAGGGAGAGUCAAACAGCAGUGAAGAUGCUGAUGAGGAUGGAAGCUGGUUGGUUUCUGACAAAGACAAGGAGGCUCAGAUCUACAACAAAGACAAAGGUGCCAGGAUGGCAGUGCAGCGGCUGCCAAACAGAUAUUACACAAGCAAAAGCGUCCAGUGCAGAAACUGCAACAAGAAUGGUCAUCUGUCCAAGAACUGUCCAGAGCCUAAAAAAUUGUUGCCCUGCUUCCUUUGUGGCACCCCGGGGCACAUAGUGAACGAGUGUCCUAACAGACAUUGCAACAACUGUGGACUGCCUGGACACCUCUACGACUCCUGCAGUGAGCGAGCAUACUGGCACAAGCAGUGCCAUCGCUGUAGCAUGACUGGACACUUCUUUGACGCCUGUCCAGAGAUCUGGAGGCAGUAUCACAUCACUACUAAACCAGGUAUUCCUGUGAAGCAGCACGGGCAGGAUCAGGGUCGAAGCCCUGCCUACUGUUACAACUGCUCCAGGAAAGGACACUAUGGACAUACAUGUACACGGCAGAGGAUGUUCAAUGGGACGUAUCCCAGCACCCCUUUCAUCAACCACUAUGACACCAUGGAGGACAUUAGAAGAAGACAGCACAGGUUAAAGAUGAGGGUUCGAGACAUGAAGCAAAAUGGCCUUUUCCCUGGAGCUCCUGAGACCCCCCUCACUCCAGGACCACCAAAGAAGAAACAAAAACUAAGUCAUCACAAAAACAACCACACACCUCACCAAAACACCAACAAUCACAAACCAAGUCCAAGUCAUGUCUUUUUUAAGGACAACCAUGACUUUAAAGCCAAAACAAAGAAAAACAAACAACAGAAUAGCCCUGGCAACGUGAAACCAUGGAAGCCCAAGAGACCUGUGCCCACCUCCAAAGACCCACCACCUAAACUGGUUCUGGAUGAAGCAGACGACUUUCCUAGAGGAGGGGGCAGAGGAGCGAGCAUGGAGAUGAAGAAAAGGAAGAAGAGGAAGAAAGCAAAGCAGGUUCCUUCAGGACCAGCAGGGGGACACAGAGACAGCAGAGCAGGCCAUCUCUGGACUGCUGAAAGAGACACACAGGGGUCAAAGCAGCAGAAAGGAGACCAGAAAAGGUGGAGAAAUCAAGGAAGGAAGGACAAACACAAUAAUCAUGAUUCACAGAUGUACCCAACAGAUGAGAACCUGUUUAUCAUCAAACAGAAGAGGAAGAGGAGCAGAUAGCGUCAUGUACAGCUUGGUUAUCAGAAGCUGACAGGACCUUUACUUUCAUUAUCCACGGUUUAGACAUCUUAAUAUUCACUCAGGUGUCACUGUAGAGUAGUUGAAGUUUCCAGUGCUGCUUAACAGGAUUGGUAUUGGUUUCUACUGUUGGCAUUUUGAUGAGUCACUAAAGGAAAAUUGUCAGAGUUGUUCAAAAGAAGGUUUAAUUUGCUAAGUCAGACUUCAACGGUCCUUGAAACACAUUUAACAUGACUAGGCUUUUCUUGCUGUAAAAAUUUCUCAUUUUAACACUGGCUGUUAAGGUAAACUAAAGAAUGCACUCUCAGUGAAACAAAGGGGGACUUAAUUCACUGUCUAUUCAUAAUAUGUUCAAAAUGUGUUCACACUUGAUCUGAAAGUAAUAUCUAACUCCUACAGUCUGAGUGAGGGACAUCAGGAGGAUAUUUUAUAAAGUAAUGGCCUUGUUAGUGUUGCCAUGAUACCAAAUUUUUUGUCUAAGAUGUGUACAAGUAAAAAAAGGGGGAACACUGAUACAUGUUUGAUAACAUAGCAGUAAAAGAAGAAGUCCUGAGGUCAGUGUAGUUUCUGGCAGUUCUAUUUCCUGAUUGAAAUGAACCUCAGAAAUCUGGAGAAACUCUUUUUAAUCCAUGUAUCGUUCAUUCAUUUAAUAUUUGAAUAAUGAUUGAAUGAAAAAAAAAAUCCUUUCUAAAAUGAAAGCAAAUUGACAAAAAUUAUUAUUUUUUUAUUUUUUGUAAAAGACAUAUUCUUUUACCCACAUGAAACAGCAGCAUUAAUCAGAGCAGGAUGAUGAUGCUGUUUGUCCUGAUAAAAAGGUGCCAGCAUUUGUGCUGUGUAAAUCAUUACUGUAGCAUGAGCUCCUUAGUGAUGGGCAUAUUAUUUUCGGGAUGCUUUGCUGAGCACAACACCUGCACCAAGUUACACAAAUGAGUAAUGGAAUCAAAGUGACCGCGCAUUUCAAUUUUCUGAUAUUUCAUUGUUUGAUCCCAACAUAAAGAAAAUAAAUCAAUCAUUUCUUUUGUAAUUGGUUUCAUUUCAGGAAUGAAAACAAGAAAACAAGCCAUUUUUUUAUAUUUGAUUUGAUUUAUAUUUACUACAGAAAAAACUGAAAAAUAAGCAGUUUUUAAUUUAUUUGUUAUUCAAUUAUUAAUAAAAUAUCAAUUGAACAAAUAAUUGUUUAAGACAGAAAAUGGAAAAAAAAAACCUGCUGGUUUCCUUUUUUUUCCAUUUUUGUUUUUCAUUUUUGAUGGAAAAUGGAAAAAACAGCCAUUUUCCUGUUUGUUUGUUUGUUUGUUUUUGUUUCAGUCACAAUAUGGAAAAACAAAACAAAGCGGGUCAAUUUUUUUUUCAACUCCACAUUUGUUUUUUCUUGUUUUAGGAAAAGACUUUAGGAAAAGGAAAUCACAUGACUCAAUGGACAUUUUAAAAAUAAAAGUCUCCAUGUCAAAAUAAAAGCUCAGUCAGUCAUACAGUGUAUUUACAGGAUAAUAAUAGGUCUAAUUGCUCCACACAGUGUAUUACAAAUAAUACUUGUUUUGUUAGUUAGUUAGUUAGUUAGUUUUUUUACAAUUAAUUUCUGAUUUAAAAAAAUGGGAAAUUGGCUCAUUUAUCUAGUUUUUUUUCCGUUUUAUGUCAAAAAUGGAAAAGCCAGUAAGUCCGCAUUUCUGAUAUCAACCAGGAAAUAGAACUAUCAGAAAAAAACACUGACCUCCCACCCAGUAUUGGGUCAUCCUUCAUUUUAAUAUCUGUUAGCAGGCAAACUGCAGCAAGCUUUUUCUCUUUGAGGCAGUUCUGUGUCAAACAUAUGGCAAAAGAUCUGUGACAACACAGCCUGUGUUGAACCAGUGGCACAUCAUCAUGAUAAUGUAUCACUGGACACAAAAAUAAGAGUUAAUACAUUUUGCUCUGUGACAAUUAAA